AUGUUUCCUAUAGACAGGAGCCUUCUCCCGUCUCUGACUACCCGCAGAGCGUUGAUCGUGGUUGACCCCCAGAACGAUUUUCUGGCUAAGGAUGGCGCCCUACCUAUUAAAAUGCCACCGGAUCUCCCAGAGCGGAUAGCGGGCUUGGCGACGUCGCUACGGGCAGGAGGCGACGAUAUCAUCUGGGUAUGUAGCAGAUUCGAGAAAUCGCGGUCUUCUCAGGAAGAACAAAUUCUCAUAUCGGAUCGGUCGAGCCAUUCCCAAUCCCCAGAUCUUUCGCGGGGUCGGCGACGGCCAACGCCACCGCAGACGAAUCAGCAAGCCGAAUCUCCGGAGGCGUUUCUAACCCAGGAAUCUCCAAGCCUACCGAAAUGUGUCCGGCCAGGUUCUUCUGGGGUAGAGAUGCACCCAAUUAUAAAAGGGGCUGUCGGACCUAGGGAUUUUUCAGUCGUGAAAACUUAUUACUCGGCUUUCAGGUCAGAGCAGCUACUUCGCUUACUGCGUAUGAGACUUGUCACAGAGCUUUUUAUCUGCGGAUCUAUGACUAAUAUUAGCGUUAUGGCUACCGCCGUCGACGCUGCAAGCCAUGGAUACACUAUCACGAUAGUUGAUGAUUGCUGCGGUUAUAAUAGUAUAAUGCAACAUCGUAAUUCCAUCAAGCAGAUUUCGAAAACAACGGGCUGCGAUGUUUUAUUUUCAGCCGACAUCAUAGCAUCCAUUAAGCCGAAGUCGAAGCCGUCGAGAAGGCCAGGUGAUAGACCGGCAACUUCUCCAGCCGGCGGAUACUCUACAGUACGUCGUGCCGGGGAAGAGGAUGAUCUCGCUGCGUCCUCAGCCUCAGAUUUAUUACCCUCACUUGAGAACCUGUCGCUAAAUUCUCAGCGCGCAGCCGAUAUUCCCCGUAUCAAAUCAUCCACGAAAGAUACAACGCCAUCGAUUCAACCCUUGGUAAAACCAACAAAACCAACAACGGAGAGUAAUCGAAAGUCACGUGCCAGUUCAUCGGUAGCGGCCGUGAGUGAGAUCGAAUCGAAGCCACGACAACAAAAAUCGGAUGACGAUGACUCACAAAAAGGUAGUCAUACCAGUAAAAAUAACGAUAAUACGCAAGUUUUACCACAGGACAAAGCACAAUUACCAACUCAGGAUAAAACUAUUGUCUCUCAACAAACCUUGGAGGAAACAAAACAACCAGGCAAAAAGGAGGAAUCAAGUAUUUCUGAUUCGGUCAGAUUAAAAAGCGACGAAUCCGACAAGUCAGCUGAAGAGAGCAGUAAUCCUAAAACUUCAUUAGAAAAUACAACUGAAUCAUCAGGGAUUGUGAGUGAGACAUCAAGCGAGAAGCACCCAGAACGGAUCCAAGGUCCGUCAGAGAUUUCGAGCACUGAAGUUGACGAUAGUAGAAUAAUGGCACCCGGAGACCAGUCAAGACCAAGGGAGGGAGAGCUUCUAUGUGAGGGUGAUACCAAGGUUGUCUACGACAUAUUACCACACCCAGUAUCCGAGGACAUAUUCGAGAGGGUAAGAGACGAGGUGCAAUGGCAGCGCAUGUCUCACCAAGGCGGCGAGGUGCCAAGGCUCGUCGCUGUCCAAGGACAAGUGGAUGAGGAUGGUAGCAUGCCUAUUUAUCGUCAUCCAUCAGACGAGUCGCCUCCAUUACUACCAUUCUCUCCUGCAGUGCUCGAGAUUAAGAAAGUAGUCGAAAAACAAUUAGGACAUCCUCUAAACCAUGUCCUUAUACAAUUUUACCGUGACGGUAACGACUAUAUCUCAGAGCAUAGCGAUAAAACGCUGGAUAUUUCCAAGGAUAGCUUUAUCGCCAAUGUUAGCCUAGGUGCCGAACGAACUAUGACUCUACGGACAAAGCGACAACCGAGAAAUAAGAACUCAGUAGAUGCAGAGCCUUUACCUACGAUAAAACGUCAAGUCCAACGAGCACGUCUACCUCACAAUUCGCUUUUUCAGAUGGGAUUGCAGACAAAUAUGCGAUGGCUCCACGGCAUUCGACAAGACAAGAGGAUUAAACGCGAAAAAUCAGACGCGGAGCUAGCUUACGACGGUGGUCGCAUCUCGUUGACGUUCAGAAGGAUAGGGACCUUCUUGGACCGUGAAAACAAGCUGAUAUGGGGGCAAGGGGCUACAUCAAAGACGAGGGAAGGCGCAAAAAAUGUGAUCAAUGGACAAACGCCCGAGGCUAUUAAAAUGCUGCAAGGAUUCGGUAGGGAAAACCAGUCGACAGAAUUCAACUGGGAAGAAUAUUACGGCAUAGGAUUUGAUGUUUUGCAUCUCUCUACCGCACCCCGACUAUUCUUGUCAUCGGAUCCGGUCGUUAAUAUGCGUAUCCAAUUGAUGCUAGCUGAGUACGGAGUUAGCUAUGCGAGAGGUAGCAUGUCGCCGCUCUUCAAGUGGAAGCCUACUAAUGACCCCUUCGUCAUCCCCAAGGACCUCCCUAUCAAAUUUGUCGAUAAUGAUUCUCCAAAGACGACUGUUGAGGGCGAGAGCUCAAUUAUGCUAUACCUCGAGCAUUUUUACGACCCCAAAGCCGGAAGUAACCCAUCCAGGGAUUUUGUGAAAGAGGGCACUCGCUUUCAGCAAGGGAUUGCCUUGUUAAAAAAGCACGAAACGCUGAAGGCCGAAUUGGGUACAUGGGAGAAUUAUGCAGCGGAAGGCAACGAUUUCAUCGCAGGGCCUACUAUGACCCUGGCCGACUUUGCAUUUUGGCCUGUCCUUUACGAUAUAAUCAGGGUUCAAGGCCAAGACGUGUUUGAACAAGAUGGAGCCGAGUUCGAGAAUUUGAAAAAGUACUACGAGCGUAUCGAGGCGCUGGACUCGGUCAAAAAGGUAAUAGCCGUGUCCGCGACCUGCUCGCCGAAGAAAUCCACCGAUGCUCCCGGCGCCACUGUGCCGACAUAG